AUGAAUCAUGAGUACCACUGGAAUAUCAUCAACCCAAGCACCAUCGAGACUUCCGACACCACCGACACCACCGACACCACCGACACCACACUUUACAACUUGAUCAGUGGCACCUCCGGCCAGACUCAAAGUCUUCUGAUGAAUUCAUUCUGGCAAAAUUACAACGACCUCACAAAUCUGGUGGACCCGGAUGCCUUCUCCAGGUAUGAGCAAUCUCAAGAUCGGGACUGGUAUUCGUUACUCCUCCGUGUGUGUUUGCUCGCUAUGGGCCUUCGACAUAUCAAUGUCAAUGAGUCAACACUUUGUGACAUAAGUGGAGAGGGAAGGGAGAGUAAAUUGCACCGGGCGGCGAAGAACUACCUGGAGCGAGGACAGGGUGAUACCAAUACGUUUGCAUUUGCUCAAGCUUUGUUGAUUCUCGCCGACUUGGAAUGCGGUGUAGGAAGAACCGAAUCCGGAUGGAUGUAUGCGAGUGAGUCGACCAGAGCGCGUGGGACCCUGUCAUCAAUUGAAGCAAUUCGCUUUUCUCUUCAAACUUCCGACGAAGAAGCACAAGCUCGAGCUCGGAUACUAUCUUGUUGCAAUUUCUACGAUCAGUUUUGGAGGAUCUCCUUCGUUCGUCCUAUAGGCCUUGGGUUUACAGGGCUUCGCGUACCGAAGAUCCUGCAAAAGUUAUCGUCCGAGGCAGCAAUAUCUUGCCCUUCGAGUAACAUGCUGGAGCUCCGUUCUGCCUGGCUACGACUCUUGGACAUCACGAGCAGGAUAACGACGGAUAUGGAAUCCAAACUCCGGUCACCAAAAAGACCUGCAUUCCACAAACUUGCAACAAUGGACACCGAGCUUCACAGAUGGUAUGCUGGGCUACCGGCGAGUAUCCAAUGGCUGCCGAACAAUAUAAGCGAAGCGCGUCUCAGCUACUUUAUUCUCCAUCAACACUACCAUUCCCUUCUCAUCCUGGUACACUGGCGUUCGACAUACUAUAAGACAUACGAAGAAUAUGAUGAUGGAGACGACGCUUCACUCAUCAACCAACUCUCUCUCACAUCUAGGAAGAUUUGUCGAGAAAACGCUCUUCGAGUUCUUCGAACUAUGCAGGCCUGCACGAAAAGGUUCGACUGUCAAAAUAUGCCGAUGAUAACGGUCCAACACCUGAUGAUUGCAUCAACGGUAUUCAUCGCGCAAACUCUUGCUGGUGGAAACGGCGAGGAGCCGUCACCGCUUGAGGAAGUCGAAUAUCUGGCCCAAGCUUUCUCGAAAUUGAGCACCAUAUUUCAGCUGGCCGAAGAACCAUACCGGAUAUUGUCAUCGAUGAUUCCAAAUCCCGGUAGUGUGUUAGGGGCACUCCAAAAUCUUCGGUCGCCGCCUACUAUCUUACAUUUCAUACUGAAGCCCUUUAUUCAUCAGGAACUCUCUUCUGUCUGA